AUGAACAGCGACAGCGAGGUCGAGUUUGACUCAUCAGACGAUGAUUUGUCAAGCAAUGUACAGCAUAGUAAGAGGCCUUUCACUAGGCCAUUCGUGCAUCUAAAAAAGCGCUUGCGGGGUGCUCCCUGCAAGAGCAAAUACGAGGCUCUUAAAGCAGCUGGCAGAGUCCGUGAUCUUUGUUUUACGAAGAGAUACUCAAAUGCUGAUAUCGAGGGGUUGCUGAAGUCCAAUUUUCCAAGUUUGGCUGGUUUGGAUCUCACCAAGUAAGUGUUCUUUUGUAGUGUGUGCCUUAACUGCGUCGUCGUCUUCCAUAUUGUUGUCCUUUCAAGCAAAUCAUGCUGUUUUGUUUCUUCCCAAAGACUGAGAUUUCUAAAGUCGGAAAAGAGUGGCCACUCAAUGAAGGUUCUAUUCCAAGGUAUUCCAACUGGACUUGAGCUCGCGAAGGAAUUUAAAGGGUCUACGACCAAGAAAAUAUAUAUGCAUUGGAAAUCCAGUUCAGGUAAUUUUUUUUCAUGUCUUCGAGAAUGCCUGGUCUAAAGUACAGGUCACAUUCCACAGGUCAUGAGUACAGGUUACGGCUCCAUCGAUAAAUUGCCAAACCACACAGAUUUCCCUUGAUCUAUAAGAGCAUUUGGUUAAGGGAUUAGGAGUAGGGGACACUUUUAAUGCUAUUUAUUUACCUGUGCGAGCAAGCUCUCCAUUUGGGCAAUAUCGGAAAAAGACACAAGAGGCACGCUUGAGGAGACGCUAAAACGGGGGGCGGGGGCUUCGCCGCUCGCUCGCGUUCUCGCGCGGCUCGCUUCGCUUGCCCAAAUAAGAGAAUUUGCUCGUAGGCUACCUGCAUUCUGGCCUGUCUUUUAGACCCUUGAGAACGUAGCCAUAAAAAUCUGAAAAAUGAACUAAGUUGACAUUGGAUUAUGCUUAAGGGAGGGUUGGUUGCUGGAGGUUGCUUGCACAAGAAUGUUUGACUGUACAGAAAAUUAUUUUGUCACUAUCUAUAGGAGUGAGGGCAAAGUAGACAUUAUAAGCAAUUCACGCGAGUAACAAAACAAAACCACAAAAUCUCAAAAAACUUUCUGAAAGCCUAGGUUACUAUUAUAUUUUGGAAUGUUGGUGAACUUGAUUUCUUAUGGCCUAACUCAUUAUUAGUGGAAACCACUGUGGUUGGACAAGGAAGAAGAUGUACAUGUGAAAGAGGACUCACACUGAAUUUUGAGUUGAUAUGGGCAAGGAAAUUCCACACAUGAAUUAGCACAACAUAUAAACUGAUUUUUGUCAAAUCUAUUGAACACUUCUUUUUUUCCACUAGGUGUAACAGCAACAACAUCAAAUCCAACAUCUACUCCAUCAACUGCCACCCCAUUAGUGACCAUCUCAUCAACCUCAACGACUACUUCAUCAUCGAGAACUACAUCGACCCCAAUUCCAUCACCCAGAACAACAUCUACCACUAUUUCAUCAUCCAGAACUACAUCAACCACAACAUCAUUACCCAGAACUACAUCAACCACAACAUCAUUACCCAGAACUACAUCAGCCACAACAUCAUCACCCAGAACUACAUCAACCACAACAUCAUCACCCAGAACUACAUCAACCACAACAUCAUUACCCAGAACUACAUCAACCACAACCGCGACAUCUACACCUUUAUCAACUGCAACCACACCACCAAGGACUGCAACUACCUGUACAUCGUCCACAACUUCUUUAACUGGAACUACGUCAUUCUUGACUUCGUCAAUUGGAGUUACAUCAUCCCUGACUUCAUCAACUGCUGCUACUCGCACAUCAUCUGCGACUUCAUCAACUGGAACUAUGUCAACCCUGACUUCACCAACUACCAGCUCCUCACAUAGUUUCUUACCAGCUUUCACCUCAUCAACAACCUCCUCUUCAUCCAACAUCCCAUCAACAGCCAUGCCAUCACCUGCAUUCUCCAUUCAUACAGGACUAGGUAGGGAGAGUUACAGCUCAUAGACAAAUAUUCUAGAGGGGGUGUCCGAAGUACCAUCAUUGUUAAGCGGCACACAAAUACACUGACUAGGCACACCGUAUGCAAGGUUCUUUUAUCAACCUAGGGACAAUAUACAGAACAUAUGCAGAUACAAUCCAUAUAACGUUGCCCUAAGCUGUUCAGUGUACGAACUUACCGACACUGAUGUUGCACAUAUUUUAUAAACAUUAAAAACUAUUUUUUCCAGAAAAUAAGAACUGUAAGAGUAUAAAAACUAAUGAAGGGGAAGUAAGUAUCUACAAUAAUAAAAUACUAACCUGGCUGCACCUGCUCACAGAGUCCAAAUUCCACAACAGUCCCCUAAAUGGUACUCUUAUAAAAGAACAGUAAUCAUUAUUCAAGAGCAAUAGUUACAUAUUCUUUUUUUUUUGUGGGGGAGGGGGGAAAGUGAGGUCCCCUAAUAAAAGAUAAGAUCAACAUAAUUUAACCACAUUAGUCUAGGUCAACGAAAGCUGGCUUCCAUUAAUUAGGCACGCAAAAUAGAGAACUAAUGAAAAUUAGUAAUAGAAACACAUUGAAUUAUUUGACGUAGCUUAAUUUGAGUUGUGCAUGGUCAUCAUCUUCAAUUAGCUCCUCUUAUAUUUAAUUUACACAAUAUUUAGUCAGGGGUGCCCAUUUGGGAGAGGCUGGUUUGAAUGAGGCAUUUUUGAUUGAGGGAGGCAGGAGAGGUAAGGGGUAGGAGAGUGGCUUUAUGAAGUUUAAAUUACAACUUCAUGAAAAAAUAACCUUGGUAUAAUAUAGUUUACUUGAGCAUUUUUUGGUCUUAGUGAACAAACAUGAUGUAUUUGUUGCUUAUCUAAUCUUGUGCCAGUUAUAUAUACAUCACUGCAUGACUAAUUAUUGUCCUCAUAUUAAUUAUUGUUUCAUUUUAAAAUAAUUUAGGUUCAAGUGGUACAAGAGCAACACCCACAUCAGCAACAGCCUCUAUUACAGUUACGGCAACACCACUGUCAGUUCCUAGAGAUGGCUGUAAGUUAACUGGAAUUAUGUCUGUGAGAGUUUGAUACCUUUAAAAAAAAAUUGUUGCUUUGCACUCAUGAUCAUUGCUUUUAAUUUUGUUGAUGGGAGUAUUUUCUGAGACAGAGCAUUGAAAAUCAAUGUCAUAAUUAGCAAAUACAUCCAUUUUGUUUUGAAUCUCUGAACAUUUCACUGAACGUAUUCUUGUGUUGCUGUUGAAGUACGUUGAAGUAAAAUUAAUAUAACAAAACACUUGAUGUCAGGCCCCUCGGGAAACCAGUUAGUUUUGUUUUACCUCAAGCCCUGAUAUUUCCCCAAGUGAGUCUUAAAAGGUCUUGCUUUCAUAAUUUACAAGCAAUAAAAUGUCUGAUUGUUAAUCGUCACCAAAAUUGAUAAAAAUUUUAAUUUCAAGGACCAUUUGAAUGCUCAAUCCAGCACAACACUUUUUUUUUACCAGUAUCGACAAGAAGGCUCCUAGCAAGAUUAGCUGGACAAAACAAUGCAAAUGAUGGUGAGUGAUAUUUUUAUGUUAUCUCUGGUUCUUUUAAAAAAACAUACAUAAUAUAUAAUACAAGGCUGUGCUCUAAAGAAAAUUAAAGGGAGCCCGGUGCUCUUAAUGUCUGAAACCGUAGGUGCCCAGCAUGUGAUUUGUAUGAAAAAAACUAAGAUUUUCUAGUCGCCCAAGAGCAAAAGUUGGGCACCAGGGGCCACCGGGUGCUGCUACAGCACAGCCCCAUAUUAUUAUCAGAAAGUUAUAACCCCUUGUGAGUUUCUGAUAAUUAUUAUAUAAUAAAUGUAAAUAAACUGAAUGAAGUCUACAUACCUUCAAACAAUAACCACUCCAGUAGAAGGGUUGUUACCAAGAUUUCAAUUCAAUGGUAAAGUGAUAUGCAUGCAUUAAAAAGGCAAUGAGAAGUUAUUUUCUUUUUCCUUGUCUGUUUGUUUGUUUUACUUCCCAUGCAGGUAUUUUUGGAACUUGCUCAAAGUAACAGGCUGGGGAAAUUCCUGUUUCCACGCCUAGUGACUGCUUUACGUCUCCUUUUCUUGUUGUUUGGUCUUUUACAGGUAGUCUGAGUACCUGAGGAGUUAAUUGUUGAGCUAACUGCCAGCCCCUCCUUCUUCCUUGAGAAAUUGAAACUGCUGCAACAAAGAAUAAUGUUGACAUGCAUUUAACAAUAAGCCCAUCAAACUGUCUUCUAAGAACUCAAGGCAUUGUUAAUGGCUAAUUUCAAAUUCUCUACCUUUCCCACAGACGUAUCCCUAAGUCCACCCGAAGAUGAUGAUCUGGUUGUCUUGGAUCACAGUCCAACCCAUUGUAAGGAAAAUACUGGUGUAAUAUAGAAUCUAAUACCAUAAAUUAAACUCCCAUGAAUGUUUUGGAUUUUGGGAAAUACGUUCCUGUAUUCUGGGGUACUUAUUGGCCAACUAGGCUAAGUUUAUAAGAUCCUAAUUACGAUUCUCGAUUUUUAUACCACCAAUAUAUAAUACUCUUUUGGGGAUUUCCAGUUUUUCUGUUACGCAACCUGUCACCUCGCAGCACUGAUGAGGUCUGAAUGGUUCAGAUGAAAUAUUUGUUUCAUUAUUAUUUUUCUUAUUUUUUGGCGUUGAGUUUUGGAAUUUUCUGUUAGUAUUAAAAUUAAUGUUGUAUGAAGGAGAUCAUAGAUCAGAUUGUUCAUUACCAGAAGUUGUAAAUGAGCUUGUGUUAAGUUUGCACCGUAAAUAUACUGUAAUUUAUAUACAUGUAGUGAUAAGAACUCCUGCAGGAUUUCACAUAAAGUUUACCUGCUCAACUACUUAGCACAGGUGACCAAACAUUAUAUUGCAUUAUUGCGCCGACCUACAUGUAAGUUUACAGGAAUAUUACAUAAGAAGUUAUUGUAUGAAAAAGUAACGGACAUUUCAAAAAGUACUGAAUUUUUGGUUAUUUGGCAGAUUUAUUCAAAAUUUAUUUCCUUUGCCUACAUGACUUGAAAGUCACACUGCCUCAUUCAUUUGAUUGCAUGUAGAUUCAAGUACAAGAGCUUCAAUGACCCAAGGUGUUCAACCACUUGGUGGAGGUGACUUGGAAACAUUUUAUGGUAUUGUUACCCUGAUUUAGAAGUUAGACAAAUUAAUUUCACAUAAAAACUCUUUACAUUAUCUUGAAAAAGUACUGGACACUUCUAUAAGUACAGGUUCUAAUAUGUUACCUGCAUAAAUCAAAAAUUAAUCAAGCUGCUGGAGUAAAUUAGGUUGCAAUUAUGUUGAUUCCCCUUCAAGAGCCUCUGUCACCCAGUUGACUAAGAUGUCUCCUUUAUCUGAUUGCACGUAGAUUCAAAUACAAGAUCAGCUUCAACUGUUCAAAGUGUUACUGCUCAACCAAGGAGAACAGGUGACCAAACAUUAUAUUCUAUCAUUAGGCGAUAUACAUGUAGGUUUAUAGGUGUAUCAGUUAGGAACUUGUUGUAUGAAAAAGUACUGGACAUUUUAAGUAUCUCAAUCAAAUACUACUUUGCUUACAUAAAUCAAAAGUUAAUUAAGCUGCUUAAUACAUUAUGUUGCAAUUGACCAAGUAGAUUCUAGUAAAGAAUCUUCUGCUAGCCAAGGUUUAACUAUCCAACACGUAGCACAGUUGAGCAAAAUAAUGUUUUGAAUAAUUAUGGCAUAAUUAGUCUGUAUGCUGGAACAUUAAUUUCAUGUAGAUCUAUGUAAGAGAUAAAAAUUUAUGUGAGGAUCAUAAGGGAAAGGGGAAAAAAAACCAAGGGAAAAAAUAGACAUGAGUGAAAGUCAGUGUGCUCUUGAAAAAAUAAUAAUGUUAAUAAUUACACUUACUGGAAAAAAAAAAAAUAACAAAAGAAAAAGACAAAAAUCUACUGUUGACAAAAAAAAAAAAUUAAAAAAAUAGUGAUAUACCACAUUGUAGCCAUAACUGCAACAAAACAAAUCAACAUAUUUUUAUCCUGCUUGAAAAUUUAUGCUCGCUGAAAUUUUUCCACGUCUUACAGGAUUCUUUCAAGGGACCCCAUUUAAUGGAACAGGGAUACAAGGUAAACACCCCGGCAAAUUACAUCCAUGCAUAUAAUGAAUCUUGAUUUUUUAUCAUAAGACUUCUAAAUGUUAUUAGCAUAACAAAAAUUGACCGUAUCCUUAAUAGGUCUCAACAGGCCACUAGAAAAAUAAUUGGUGGGAAUUGCAAAUCAACCAAAAGGCUUAGUUAGUUAUAAAUUACGCAAUUUCAGCUUUUUUCUAUACAUCUGUCCUCUAUGCGAACGAUCAAUAUUAGAAGGAAUGUCUUGAUUUAGCUUUAUUUGUUCAACUACAAAAUUGCUCAUGCAGUCACAUUGUUUGAUUUCUCUACAAUAUCAACACCUACACCGAUAUAGCUGGAACAGUCAAGCAAGACCUUUUUCCUUUUGGCCUGGGAGGUAAGCAAUCUGCUCUAAAGUUCAGCACUUACAUGUACCUGUUCUCUUUCGCCUUCUUUUUGUCUCGAUUCAAUCCCGAAUUUUUUUAAAAUAAGACAGAGAUAUUGACUCAGUGAGGGCAUAUAAAAAAUUGGGCAUAUUUCAAAUGCAGUUACUGAUAAAAUAGAGGUCAAUGUUUAAAUUGCAGUUGAAUGUAUUUUUCUUGUGAUAGGACCAACACGAAGAAGAACGUCACGUUCCGAUGAAGUGGCAAAUUGCCAGUGUCUCUUACAGUCAUCAAGUGACCAGACAUGCAUGCUGCCAUUUUUGAAUCAUUCCUUCGAAGAGGUAUUAAAUUAUUAAUAAAUUAUUGCUAACAAAGGAAGGCUUAAUCACCUAAUUUUCUUAACAGUUCAAAGCAAAGUGACAAUAGACAAAUAUUAACUAUAAUUUAUUUACUCCCUUACUCUCUCUUUGUUAUUUAUUCCAGUUAUGCUGGCAGGCAAAUGAAGACUGCAAGGGAGUGAUUCUUACCCUAGUAAACAAAAGGAAAGCGAUUGAUGAGAAGAGGAGAGAUUUGUUGAGGCAUGUAAAACCUUCCUUCUGUGACGAUGCAAAAGCAGUUGCAUGCAUAUAUUCAAGGGAGAUAUUAAUAAUUAUUAUUGUCAUAAUUAUACCAAUACUGACUUUUGAAGUUUCUUACUGCAGGGUGCUUCAUGAGAUGGAAAAUAAACACAGUGAAAAUUGGUUGUUUUGGAUCGGAGAAACAAGCUCCACUGACGGGUUGAAAGGUGAAGGUUUAACAUCAUGAAAAUGAUUUGUCCACAGCACAAUGCCACUUACUGUAUAUAUAAAACCUCUUUUGAAAGAACAGUGCACACACCUGUGUACAGGUGUAGUAGACUAUAAUAUUAAUAGAUUUUUGCUAGGGAGUCAUUAGGCCAUGUGAAACUAUAAGGUAACACUUAUCGAAUCACAAACAUCUCUUUGUUUAAAUAACAGGCAACUGGAUUAAUGACUUAAUCAGAAAUUAUUGACAAGACGUUUACUUGUAAAUUAUUUAUCCUUGUUAGUUAUGGACAUUUAUGGUGGUGACCCACGCACAGAAAGGAUACUUUUCCUGGUCCCGUCAGUGGGUAGAAGUCCUUCGUUGUUGGGACAGAUUUCAGGUAAUUUUAGAGGAGCAAGAAUCGUCGUGGUCAAUGUCAAUAACAAUAAAUUUUUAAACCACUUUCAAACGGGAUCAAAGCUGUCACGAUCGUGUGUGUGUGUUAGAACGAUAUGCCUGUAAUACAACAGCACGUGCUCAAGGCUUAUUAAUGAGUAAUGUUACAGUUAUGGUGAGAAAAGAUUGCCAUAUGUCCUUUAAUUCUUGAAUUAACUCAAAACCCCAAUACAUGGAGCCUCAAACUGGAAAGCAAGGAUUUUUCAAUAGCUUUUACAUACAGAGAUACAGCUGAAGGAUUAGAUCUAAUGAGUACCACAAACAGCUAACCUGAACAAGGAUCAAAGUAUGAUUAUAUCAACUGGAAGGUUCAAGUUUUAUAAGACAAUUAUGGCAAGCAAAGAAGGAGAAGGUAGAAUUAAAUGAAAGCAAUCAUUUUCUUUUCUGUACCCUUACCCUAUUUAGAUGCAGACAUUGAUGAAGUGGGCUCCGUUUUGAAAAAAGUUUUAGAAAGGGCAGCUGUUCACCAACAACAGAGGUAACAUACCUAAUAUGAUGCAAAAGUUACACAUUAAAUUGAAGGAGGCUAUGAAAAAAAAAACAAAAAAAACAGGUAAAGUCAAUUUCGAGAUUUAGCUGUAAGUUAUGGAAAAGCAAUCCUUAGAGGCAUGAAAUAGCUGAUUUUGAAGGUUCAGUUGUUUAUUAAUUUUUUUUAAAUUUAAGACUACACCUUUAUCAGUUACCC